AUGCUCCCCACCUCCAUAGUGAGCAAAUCGCCUUCCCCAGGGGGAAGGAUAGUUGAAAAGAGGGUUCCAGUGGAGUUUCUUUUAAUUAAUCUUAUAAGGGAUUCUUUGUCAUUUCUGCAAAGUCUAAUGGGGUUUGCUAGCAAGGAUACAGGAUGUGUUGAGGGUUUUCUGUGCCCCUUGUGGCUUAUCCAGGAGGCAUACUAGCAGACAGAUCUGUGCUAAAAACUGAAAACCUCUCUGCAUCCGAGUUUUUCUGUCUGUAACAUGGCAAUCAACCUGCGGUGGAGUGUUAAAAUGAACGAGUGGGCGCCCAUAGCAAAAGAGUAUGAUCCCCUCAAAGCAGGGAGCAUUGAUGGCACAGAUGAAGAGCCCCAUGACCGUGCCAUCUGGAGGGCCAUGUUGGCACGGUAUGUACCCAAUAAGGGGGUUACAGGAGAUCCUCACCUCACUCUGUUUGUAGCGAGACUGAAUCUACAAACCACAGAGGAGAAGCUGAAGGAAGCCUUUUCCAGGUAUGGUGACAUUAGGAAGAUUCAUCUGGUUAGAGACUUGGUCACAGGCUUUUCCAAGGGCUAUGCGUUUAUAGAGUACAAAGAGGAACGGGCGCUCUUGAAAGCCCAUAGAGAUGCCAACAGGCUGGUUAUUGACCAGCAUGAGAUAUUUGUGGACUUUGAGCUGGAAAGGACCCUCAAAGGAUGGAUCCCUCGGAGACUUGGAGGUGGCUUUGGAGGCAAGAAGGAAUCCGGGCAGCUGCGAUUUGGAGGGCGGGACAGGCCUUUCCGAAAGCCCAUCAAUUUGCCAACUAUGAAAAGUGACUUCUAUGGAGAGGGGCCUGUGGAGAAAAGAGAGAGGAGCUGGUCUCGAGAGGGAGUGAGGGACUGGAGAGCGAGGGACCGAGACUCUGAAAGGAACCGAGACAAGAGAUGGCUGGAAAGGGAGCGAUCGUGGGCUUGGGGUGAAAGCAACCGGGAGAGAGAGCGGGAUUCCAAAGAGGAAAGGAGCAGAGGAAGAGAGAGGAAAGACAGAGAGAGAAAAGACAGGGAAAGAGACCGGAGCAGGGAGAGGGACCCUAAGAAGCAGAGAGAUGACGACAAACAUCGGUAGAAGAAAGUGUCUUUGUAACAGAUAAGCUGAACACCUGUGAACUGUGGAGAAGUUUACUGCCAGACUCUUCCAAAACCUACAGAUUCAAACAACCCUGAAGUGUGGUCAGGUUCUAAUCCAGGCUUGGGCCCGCCUUUGGCUUAAGAAAGCGAUGGGAACAGAUUCGGUCAUUGGGACACAACCUGUGGCUUUGCUGUGUGCUUCCAGCCUGCAAGGAGCCCUGCUAAUUUCCUGGAACUAGAUCCUCAGCUGGUAUAAAGUGGGAUAGAGCCACUGUCUUCAGUAGAACUCCCCCAGCCAAGCAGCUGGCCCACUGUCUCUGGUUUAUUGUCCUUUAGGUAAUUUCUAUGGUGGUUUUGCCAGAAAGAGGGGACAAUGACUCCUGCAGUAACCUGCACCUGUGUUGAGUUGCGGAUCUCUUAUUUACAGAGCUUUUGUUCUCUGUCUCAUGUAUUAUGUGGUAUCUGCUCUUUUUUUGGUUUGAUUCCCCACCCCCAAUUUGUUAAAUGUAAAAUGUUCUUUGUGUGCAAGCAAAUCUUCUUAUGGAUGUAUUCUAACCAUGCAGUGACUUUCUCCUUUCUUUCUGGAGAUCAGGACUGUAAGCAGGAUUCCUUAACAUGGUUCAAACCAUUCUAUAUAGGCAAGGCCAACAUCACUUAUAAACGGGACAGAGCCCCAGUUCUGUUACGACGUGAUCCCCCUUGCCCAGUAGUUUACCUCUAUAGAUGGGCCCUUAUACUGCCUUACAUUCAGGGUAGCCCUCCCCCACUCACUCAGCUUGGAGCUGAGAGAGCUGCAGCUGGCAUUGGUAUCAUAGUCCCAGCCCUCCAGAGACUGACAGGAGUCCUACAGGAAAAAGAGGAGAGCCAGAACUGGGCAUUCACAGCAAAAUUUUUUUUUUAAUUAUUAUUAUUUAUUGUGAAUGUUGAAAUGUCAUGUAGUUUUAACCUAAAGAUGAACUGAUUAGACAGAGAAGUCAGAUAACUGGAAGACCCUUCCUGGACAAUUAUUUACAGCAAAGCAGUUCAAACAAGAAAAUGUAGCUGGGGGCGGGGGGGGGGGGGAAGAGAGAGAGAAACAAGUUUAGUCACUGUUAGAAGGCAGAUCUUAAGACAGCCAAUUAUUUUAUUUGUUGCUCUUCAGAUGUUUUCUUUACGCAAAGUCUCACUAACGUGUUUUAUAGAGCGGGGUGGAGGGGUGGGUAGCAGGAUCUGGGAAAUAACAAAAGCUUUGGAAAGCACAGAGUAUUUCAUUUCCUGCAUCUGGUGGUAUCGGGUUCUAUGUAGUUCCAUUUCUAAGAACGUUAAGGAACCAGUAAUCACUGUUUGCUGUGGGUUCUCUAUUAUACUAUGCCGCGGGGAGACCCAAUGGAAUGUACAAGUUGUGUGUACCUAUGGAAAUAAAAAGGCAAUGUUUUUAAAAAAA